AUGAGUGAUGAUAUAGAUAAUAAAACCAAGCAUACAAAUAAUGUGGAUAAUGGUGAGCUCAUAGAUGAUAAAAUCGAUGCACAAACACCCGUGGAAGAGCGCCAGGCGGAGGCACCAGCACAAGACGAGGACGACGAGUUUGGCUCCUUUGAUGAGGCGUCCUUUGAUGAAUUUCAGGGUGAGGAGGCUUCCGAAUCUUAUGAAACCUCACCGAAAACGAGUGAGCCGACUUUCAGCAGCGACGUUUUCCAAAGUGAAAGCCUUCUAGACGAAAGAGUGCAAUAUACACUUGAUCGAAUUUUCAAAAUCCCAGAAUAUAAGAGUGUGCCUACUGGGCAGGGGCUACUUCGAAAUGGCGCAAAAGAGCAAUUUCUGUUGCUUUCGAAAAUACCCCACAUUCUGCCUCCAAACUGGACCAGACUGAACAUCAGACACAAACUACUAGUGAACCUCGGAAUACCGAUCAACUUGGACGAGUUGGAGAAGGGAAAUGUUGCGCAAAUCAGUCAUCAGAUGCCUCAUCAACGAAAAAAAUCUAUUUCAGAACAGGACAUAGACUGGACAGGCUUUGAGGUGCCAAACGUUGACAGCCUCAAGUUGGAUGAGGAGAAGAAGAGCCAACUUCUAGCGCAGACAAACACACUUCUAGAUGGCAUUGAGGAGUUCAAUCUUCAAAACACGUCGAGACUAUACUUGAAACAUCCUCUGACGAGGCUUUAG